UGCGGUGGAUCUCGUCAGUCGACUGACGGACGGAGGAGGUACCUAGUCCUGCGUCAAGGGUUGACGAGUGGCCGAGAGGAGAAAGGCUAGCAAGGAGGGCGAUGCUGAGCCUGCGUCUCGGCAGUCGAGAACCAAGUGGAGGAGGAUGGCGGUUCUGGUGGUUCCCGGUCUUGGUACGGCGGUCUUGGGCCUUUUUCUUCUUUGACACUCAUGAGGGCGGGAAGGGCUGGAAGGGAGGGGGGGAGGGAGGGGUGGAGUCAUGGGAGUUGGAGUUGGAGUUGGAGAGGGAGAGGAAGAGGGAGAGGGAGAGGGAGAGGGAGAGAAAGAGUUAGGGAGAAGGAGAGUAAGAGUUAAGGGAGAGUUCGUAGCAGAUAGAUAGAAGUCAAACAGUAGUCCAACGUUCCGUUCCGGGACGGGUCCAGGUG